AUGUUAAGGCUUCGAAUUCCUCGUCGUGGAGAAGCUUUAAUUAAAAUUGAAGAAGUACAAACAAUCAUAUACCUUAUUGUUCUUGUUGGUACAAUGAUAUAUGGAUCAGUUGCGAUGGAUGCGAAAUAUCAAGAAUUAGAAAGAAGAGAAACAGCAAAAUACAGAACAGGUGCACCACCAGAUAAAGUUGAUGGUGUCAUUAUGAUUGAUGCAACAAAGGAUUCUGUAGCCGAUUUGCGCGUUGAUUGGAAACAAUGGAUGCAUGAAGCAAGAAAUGUAACAAACAGAACCGAAAUCUUCAUUGUUACUUCUACAGAAUUAAACUGGUAUCCAAUUGGUCCUCUUCUCCUUAAAACAAACUGCACAGAAGAGAAAUUAAGUGUUUGUCGUUUUGAACAAGGUCUUCGAGCGAUUUUAACUACAUUUCCUAACUUCAAAUGGGUCAUUAAAAUCAAUCCAAAGACAUAUCUCAAUCCUUACGCUUUGAAUUUGUUUUUAGAACAACUACCUAAAGGAUUUUCGAGGUCUAGGAUCUUGAAAUCGUCAAUUAAGACAUCAGGAAAGCAUUCUGGACUCGAUUGGAACUGCGGAUUGUUCAUGACGCGAAGAAUUGUUUAUGAAUGGUUAGAUAAGUUCGAUACUUUCAAAGAAUUGAUUAACUCUGGUGGUGGAAAUGUUGAACUCGCUACAGGACCGUUUAUUCUUACGACUUUCGAUCUGAAUCCGAAAGUUAUUGCAGAUCCAAGGUUUGUUCCUUAUUCAAAGCGAGCAGAAGACUUCGAAGACUUGAUAGAUUACAGUUUGAUCGAUCCUUGCCCUACAUCUUUCAGAUAUUACGGCUUAAACAACGAAUCAAUUUAUUUAGUUAGAAAUGCAGUGACUUGGUACUUAGAUGCUGACAUGGAUGAUAGAAGAGGCUCAAUGCUACAACUUCCUCGUUCAUCUGUCUACAAUGGAUACCUGAUUUCGCCAAAUAACUUAACUUUGUGCGCUCUUGAAAGGAAGAAACGCAAGAAACAAAAACAGAAAUAA